AUGGUAUGGGAGCACUACCUCUGCAAUAUGCUACCUACUAUGACUAUGAUAUGCAUAUUGGCUUCGGACGCCACAGCAACAGAUGACAAAACAGAUGCCAGGAAUCGACUGUGGCAGUCGGGGCUCCUACCUGCGGUCCGAAGAGGCGUGGAUGUGGACUCACCAGCUGCGCUCUUACGUGGAAGUCCUUUGUCGCAUGAGGCCAAAGAUCACCUGUUUGGUAGCCUGCCUCAGGGACGAGGGCAUGGAAAGGCUAAGGAUCAUCGCAGAGGUCAUUAUUGGGUCUACUACUUCGAAAAUGCAGAGCUGGCGCUCUUGCACUUGGUCUCCCAUCCUGCCUUCGGAGCAGGGAUUGGUGAAACCGCUGAGGGCAUCGAUUCUGGAUCGUUGCGCGUGUCUUUUGCCCUCAAAGAGCUUGGAGAUCGAGGAGGCAGUCACAUCGUCCUGCUCCUGACAUGGCAUUUGUCAGCGCCGAGAGGUGACGUUUUCGAGGAGCCAAUCCCCGUUGGCCCUGACUUGACGAAAGAAGCAGAUGCGCAACGCCGCAGGGCAGUCCUUUGCCCUCGCCUUGCUUCGUUGCCAUUGGACCAGUUGUUGCAUGCUGUGCUUUGCAAGGACUCACCUGUCACUUCACCGCGGAGAGAGGUGCCGAUGGCUGCGAGCACCUCCUUGUCCAGGCAGAGCAAAGAUGGAAGCGGUCAAAAAUGA